CUUCCGGGUCUCCGCGGCUGUGGAAGGUUUUGGCGCGAAUUUCUCUGAGCGCGGCACCUGGAAGGAUUCAAGAGGCGUCUUUGUGAGUCGUGGGGCGAAGUGCAGCCUUAGUGAUGAGUGCCUUUGAGCCUUAAGGAAGCUGCGUCGGCAGCGUUCGCUACCCCGAGGCCUCAUUUGUCAAGAGACAUUUUGAAGCACUGUUAUAGUUGUUCUGUUUACAUCAAGAUGUCUAGCAAAGCAAAUCCUUCUAAGAAAAGGUCUCAACAUUUAAAAAGAAAUCCAAAAAGAAAAAUUGAUAAUGAAGAAGUGGAGUUAUCAGAGAAAGAGGUUAGAAACACAGCGAAAAAAAAUAAAAGUCAUCCAAAACACCUGUCUUCUGAAGGACAAGCAAAGCAUGCUAAUCUAAAACAGGUAAAGAUCGCAACCCACAAGAGAAAAACCUGGCAACCUCUUUCGAAGAGUAGCAGAGAACAUUUGCAAACUACGAUGGAAUCAGUAAUAAUAGCAAUUUUGAGUAACAGUAUUAGAGAAAAUGAAAAAAUUCAGUAUCAUCUGAACUUCCUAAAGAAAAGAUUGCUGCAACUGUGUGAAACCCUGAAAGUCCCUCCCAAAAAGCAGCAAGAUUUAACUCAUGUGUCAAGUCUACUGAAAAUGGAAAGGACACAGCACAGAGCUAAUGAAGAGGGUCUGGCAUUAUUGCAGGAAGAAACAGAUAAAAUGGUGGAGACCGUAGAGUCAAUGACUGGGGAUAUUCACAGCCUAAAGAACAAAGUUCAUGUUCUGAGAAGUGAGGUAGAAGAAGAGGAAAGGAAGGUAAAACAGAUGUUUCAAAUAGAUAGAGAGGUACUCUCUCUUCCCGAACUUUCUCAGAAGAGUCUCAAAGCACCCAUACUUCAGAAAGAAAUUUUGAUGCUAAUUCCAAACCAGAACGCUCUUCUGAAGGACUUAGAUGUUCUCCAUAAUUCACCCCAGAUGAAAAACAUGUUAACUUUCAUUGAAGAAGUCUAUAAAAGACUGGAUGCCUCUUAAAGAGUUUAUUGUUUUGUUUUGUUUGUAGAUUGUUCCAUAUGAAUUUAAUGUUUACGAAUUUGUAAAAAUGUUAUUCUACGUGAUAUUGCCGGGGCUGAGGCUUCUUCAGGAUUCUCGUAAUAUGCACUUUAAAAUUAACCUCUAUAAAUCUACCAUUAACCUGUAUACAUCUAAUGUAGGCCUUGAAAACUGUUUUUAUCAAUUCCCACAUCUAGGAACUCACAUUUAUGUUGCUGUAUUUCCAGUUAUUUGCCUUAAACCCUAAAAUGAGAACAGCCACAAUCUGAUGGUUUAUAAUGGCUGAAUAGAGUUCAUUUAUUGGUUAGUGCAGAGGAAAUAUGAUACUGUGACUUAACAUAUGUAAAGUGUUUAUAGUGCCUAGCACAUCAACAUGUAAGUGUUUGGUAUCAGUAUUGUUUUUUAGCUGAUGACUUGCAUUUUCUGUCUGGUCAUGUGGAACUCUAGAAGUCCCCAAAUGCCUUUGCUCUUUUACGUAACUCCCUAGACUUUUUGUGGCAUAAUUAAUAUCUGCCAGGUGUCUUUAACUUUAGAGGUAGCAUGAACAUUUUAUUUCUUUGGUUAGGUUAGUGAAUAGAUGUUGAAUAUUUAUUUUCUACUCUCAUCAGAGCAUACCUUUAUUUCAUAAAAUUGUUAAAAACGAACCCAAGUUCAUUUAUUCCCUUAAAAUAAACACCAAACCAAAAAAAAAUCCCUUCUUUCUAAAUCUUUUCUCAUUGCGAUAAUAAGCAUAUA